AUGCCGAGCAGAUCGAGCGACGAUUAUCCCGGCGAGAGGACCAGUCUCCUCAACGGUAACCACAACGACUGGACGAAUGGCUCCGCCUCCGGCUCCAGCGCCUGGAAGCAGUUCUUCCUCAGCCGGAGGACCACCCCGGCACCGAAAGCCCCAAUCCCCUCGUCAGAAAUCGCCAUGCGAUUGGGUGAAACUUUGGGCGGGCUCUUGAAUGCGACGUUUGGAAACGCCGUUGAACUGAUUGUCAGCAUUGUCGCCCUCCGCGAUGGCCAAAUCGAGGUUGUCCAGGCCUCCAUGCUAGGGUCCAUCCUCUCGAACCUGCUUCUCGUUUUGGGUAUGAGUUUCUUCUUUGGGGGAAUCUGGAACUUGCGGAACCCCGACGGCACUGGCAUGGAACAGGAGUUCCCCUCGGGAACAGCCCAGACGACUUGCUCCCUGCUCGCUCUCUCGUCUGCGUCCCUCGUUAUUCCCGCCACGGUAAGGCCCCACCGACCCUACUUAUUGCCUUCUCUCCUCCCAGGCCGAGAGCUUUACAACGUCCUCGAUGCCGGCGAUAGCAAAGACACGGAAGGCCCGAUCCUCUUCCUGUCCCGUGGAACAGCCAUUAUCCUCCUCAUUCUCUACGGUCUUUACCUCUGGUUCCAGCUCCGUACUCACCACAACCUCUUUGACGGCCCCGGCCACUUCGAGUCCCACGACCCUGAGGCUUCCCAGAACAGCGUCGAGCAAGCCGAGGAGCGCGAGCGCGAGGAACCCUGCAUGGGCCUUGUCCCGGCAAUCAUUGUCCUCGUCGCCACCACGGUCGUGGUUGCCAUUUGCGCCGACUAUCUUGUUGCCAGCAUCGACCCCAUUGUCGAAAGCACCAAGAUUAGCAAGACCUUUAUCGGUCUCAUUUUAAUUCCCAUUGUUGGAAACGCAGCGGAGCACGCCACGGCUGUCAUGGUGGCUAUGAAGAAUAAGAUGGACUUGGCCAUGGGUGUCGCGAUCGGCUCGAGCAUCCAGAUUGCGCUCCUCGUCACUCCUUUCCUCGUCAUGUUUGGUUGGGCCAUCGGUCAGCCCAUGACUCUCCACUUUGAAACUUUUUCCGUUGUCGCAUUUGCCUUCUCGGUCAUGGUUGUUACAUACACUGUUCAAGAUGGCCGCUCCAACUACCUCGAAGGCGCUAUGCUUUUCGGCCUCUACUGCAUUAUUGCGCUCGCCUUCUACGUCAGCCCCUCGCUCGAUGCGGGCAAGGUCGUCAAGAUUGUCUCUUAA